UGUUAUAACCGCCCAGGGCCUCAGUGUGAUGCACAAAACAACUCACAUAUCUUAUCUUCGUACCCCUAACCUACCAGCAAACAUGUCCGGACGUGGCAAGGGCGGCAAGGGCCUGGGCAAGGGCGGCGCCAAGCGCCAUCGCAAGGUGCUUCGCGACAACAUCCAGGGCAUCACCAAGCCCGCUAUCCGCCGUCUGGCUCGUCGUGGCGGUGUGAAGCGUAUCAGCGGCCUGAUCUACGAGGAGACCCGCACUGUGCUCAAGACCUUCCUGGAGAACGUCAUCCGCGACUCGGUCACCUACACCGAGCACGCUCGCCGCAAGACCGUGACCGCCAUGGACGUGGUCUACGCGCUCAAGCGCCAGGGCCGCACCCUGUACGGCUUCGGUGGCUAAGCAACUCCUACACCCUGCACACGCUGUAUCUGCCACGUCUUCCCUCACCUGGAGAAGCGGGGCGCACGUGGCGUGCCAGGACCUAAAACCCCCAAAAAAACUCGGUGUUUCUCAACACCACCCUCAACCUCGGGAUUCUGUGCCUUUGUACAUGAUCAUCCCUGCCUCUACAUUUAUACCGUCCUGAGCCUGCACAAUGCCGGACAUUGCCGUUAUCCGCUUACAUAAGACACCAACCCCAGCUUCCGCACCACGCUGCCAACAUGCUCAGCGAGCCGCCUUUUCCUCGGGCCGUGCCUGCCACUCCGUGCUGCAGCAUACCGCAUGCGCUGCCGCGCUCCCGAGUGCCACAGACAGGGGUCAUUCCAGCGUUCCCUGCUGCAACGGCCUGCUGAAGACCGUGACACCAGAU